CCGUCCGCUCUGUCGGGAAGAGAGGGAGGGAGGAAGGAAGCAAGGCGGACCUGCUGGCAGGACUCUCUUCCGCAGCCGGCUCGUGAGCUGCUCGUUUGCCCUCGAAGCAGCCCUGGAUCAACGCUCCGAGAAGCACUGUCAUUGUGGCUGGCCAGUCUCCAAGCCCAGCGUUUUCAGCAGCCCUGGCAGAUGUGCACCCAACAUGGAAGUGGGAAAGGGAGAGGGGACCCCAGGAAAGAUGUCAGUGGACUUGAUGAAGCCUGCUGAGGCAUGGCACCAGAGCCAGCUGUGAUCUGGGCCAGGCUCCUCGGCUGAACUAUGAAAUUGCUGUUGGUUUUUGAUUUUGACCAUACAAUCAUAGAUGAAAAUAGUGAUACCUGGAUUGUGAAAUGUGCUCCAGAGAGAAAACUUCCUAAUGGAUUAAGAAACUCCUACCAACCAGGACACUGGACAGAAUAUAUGGGCAGAGUCUUUGCCUACUUGGGAGACAAUGGUGUCAAAGAAGAUGAAAUGAAAAGAACUAUGACAACAAUUCCUUUCACUGCGGGAAUGGUAGAUCUUCUGGGGUUUAUUGGCGAGAACAAAGAGUUGUUUGAUUGCAUUAUUGUUUCAGAUUCUAAUACAGUAUUUAUUGACUGGAUUUUGAAAGCUGCUGACUUCCAUGAGGUUUUUGAUGAAGUGUUUACAAACCCUGCAGCAUUCAGCAGUACUGGCUAUCUUACUGUACAGAACUUCCAUGCUCACCAUUGUGCAAAGUGCCCAAAAAACCUUUGCAAAAGGAAAGUUUUAAAAGAAUUUCUAGAUAAACAGUUGGAGCGAGGAGUUAGUUAUACACAAAUUAUGUAUAUUGGUGAUGGUGGGAAUGACUUAUGUCCAGUAAUGUUUUUGAAGAAGAAUGAUAUUGCUAUGCCCAGGCAGGGGUAUACCUUGGAGAAAAAGAUUUCUCAACUGGCUCAAGAUCUCAGUCCUGUACAGUGUUCUGUUCUGGUUUGGUCAUCUGCUACUGACAUUAUGUCUUACCUGAAACUCCUUAUAAAGGAAUAAUUCAAAUGAUAAAAGUAAACUGAUAUAUUAACUUCCUGGGAGAGAAAAACUGCAUGUAUAUAGAAGCACAAAAUUGGAAAUUUGGGCUAAUAUCUGAAUUGACUUUUUUUAAACACAGUAUAAAGCUGUUUAUGUUCAAUCUUGGCAAUAUUAGGAAAGUGAAGUAAAAAAGGCCUUCUAACAUAGUACAUAUUCCAACCUAAGUGGAGGAGGGGGAUUUUGAGAGGACUUGUCAUUAUUCUUAAUCUACUCUCUCCCCACCAAGCCUUUACCAACUAUAUAACUGACCUUUGCUGUCCCACACACUUGGGGGAAGGAGUAGGAUUAGUGCAAAAAAGAAUGACAUUCUUUACUUAAAAAACAUUAGGUGACAGAAGCAUGGUUCUAGAACUGUUAGCUUUUAUACUUCUUUGAUCUGAUUAUAAAUUAUUUGGUAUGCUUGUGAUCUUGUUUCAUCUGAAGAUGCAUCUAUAUUUUCAAUCUACUAAAUAUUUUACCAGACAAAAUGAUUUUUAAUAGUUUGUAUUAUCUUGUAUUGUAAAGACAAUAAAAGUUGCUGUCACUGA